AUGGUAGAAGUGUCGCUUACUGUAGGAAAACUGGAUGCAUCGUUGGCACUUUUGUUGACCAAAGAUCACCAUCUCAUUGAGUUUCCAACUAUAUUGUUGCCUGAUGGGAUAUCCACAGGAUCCAUUGUGAAGAUUACGUGCGACAGAGACUUGCAAAAGGAGAACGAGGAAAAGAAGGCUUUCAAUGCUUUGCAGGAGGAGAUUUUUGAAAUAUUUGGCAAACACGAACCACAGAACCCACUUUUGAAAAUCGUGAAUAUAACCCAGACUUCAUGUGUUUUAGAAUGGGAGCCUUUGAACUUAGGUACUGCAGAGUUGAAGGAGUUGACGCUAUACAAAAACGGUUCCAAGCUGGGACCAAUCAAAAACCCGUUCCAGAAGAAAAAUAUCAAGUUCAGUGGGUUGCCAAUUGACACGCCUUAUAAAUUCCAAUUGAAACUCGAGACGUCAUCUGGUAUCUAUUAUUCCAAUUUGGUCGAAUUGAGGACCCACAAGAUGACAGACUUAUCUGGUAUCACCCUCUGUAUUGGGGAUAUAGACUUUAACGAAGAAAAGUUUAGCUUGAAUGACAUAGAGGACGCCAUCAAGGCCAUAAACGCCAAACCAUUUUCAAGCCAAGUCAAAGUUGACACCACACAGUUCAUUUGCACUACAAACACAGGUAUUGAAUACCAGAAGGCGAAGAAUAUGAACAUUCCAAUCAUCAGACCAGAGUGGAUCAAGGCAUGCCAGUUGGAGAGAAGGAUUGUUGGUGUGAACAAGUUCUACCUAGAUACAGAAAAUCCAAUUUGGAAAACGAAGGACUUCUGGGCGAUAAGCAACGAUGUUACCCCACCCACCGAAGACACAGAGGAACCUGCAAUUGCAGCCAACAGCACUACUGUUGAGGAAGAUUUAACUGUUCCAAACAUCACAAUUGACCCAGAGUCCGAGGCAGAGGUGACAGUUACAGAUCCAACCUCUGAGUCUACUAAUACCAAUGAUGUUGCUGCGGUUGAGACUGAGACUGAUAAAAAUGAUGAGAAGAUAAAAGAUAGUGAACCUGAAAGUUUGCCAAAGAUAGAAGGGGAAACCGUACCUGAAGAAAAUUCAAUGACGGAGGAAGUGGAUGAAGUACCAAAGGAAGAGAUAGAAGGAGCUAAAGCAGAAGUAGCAGCCGCUGAGGUAGCACCUGCUGAGACGCCUGGAGUGUUGGCCGAAGAGGGUGUAGUAGUAGAAGAAACUACUGCAACACCAGAACUAGCGGUAACACAGGAUGAAAGCCCAGCAGUCGCCGAAGAGGAACUAGGACAGAGCGUGACGGUAAACGAAAGUAAAGAAGUAGAAGGAGGAAAGGAAGCGAAGGACGACGUUACUGAGACUGCAGAACCUAGUAUAGCAAUCGAAGAGCCUACAGAGGAGGUGAAAAUCUCAUUAAUCGACUCAUCUCCGGCCACACCAGAAGGGACUAAUGCCGAGGCUAGCGCAACUGAAAUAGGCUCAGAACCUAAGCGGGAAGGCGAAGAGAACGGUGUCGAGAAGGUUCAAGCCGAAACAAAGAGUACCCCUAGCUCCAAAGGCAGCAACAAAAAGAAGGGCAAGAAGAAGGGCCGGAAAUACGCCAAGAGAAGGCUCCACACGAGUGACGUCAGGAUGGCUGGCCACUCAAAGUGGGCAAACAUCAAGCACAAGAAGGCUGCGAACGAUGCAGCUAAGGCGGCUUCGUCGUUUCGGAUGUCCCGACAGAUCCAAGUGUUGGCGAAGAUGGGUGGGUCUGACUUGAAUCAAAACAUUAUGUUGGCGAGUGCGAUCGACAAGGCCCGGGGGAUGUGCAUACCAAAGAAGGUCAUUGACAAUGCCAUCAAAAGAGGCACGGGCGAGUUGAAGAGCACGGAGAAGAUGGAGACUGUUGUUUACGAAGGCCUGGGGCCGGGUGGAGUUGCCAUUGUCAUUGAGGCGAUCACGGACAACAAGAACCGGACGAUCGGGUACAUCAGACCGUGUUUUAACAAGUUCAACUUAAACAUGACCCCGACGCUGUACAUGUUUGAGAAGAAGGGUGUGAUUCUCAUCGAUGCCGGGGAGUUGACGAGCGACGACCUCUUUGACGAGCUGUUGGAGCUUGGGUGUGAGGAUAUCAACGACAUCGAAAAUCCGAACGAGUCGGAGUUGCUGAGCGAGAAGAAGGACGGGAAUAUCAUCGAGCUGAUCACGGAUGCGAAGGAGUUUGGCAAGAUCGCCAACGAGCUAAAGGACAAGUACCCAAUCAAGGAGAUGAACAUCGAGUACUUGCCCAACGAGGAGACGCUGGUGGAGGUCUCUGAUCCGGACACCCGUGCGAGCUACGAGAAGUUCAUGGGUCUGCUCGACAACAUCGAGGACAUUUCGCAGGUUUUCACCAACCUGAAGGAGACGGAGGAGUAG